GUCACGCGCCGCCGCUGUCAAACGCGCCGCCGCCAACCGCCGCCGACAUCCGCUGAACACCGUCGUCCUUCGCCGACCGCCAUCAACAAGCAGUCAUCCGCAUGUCCCCAGAAAGGUAGAGAGGAAACAACACCGGAUGCUCAAGAUGGAAUCGUUCUCGAUGUGAUUUUUGUCAUAAAAUUGGUCAUGCUACAGACAGGUGUUGCCAAUUACAUGGGAGACCUCCUUCCUCAGCCCAUGUUGCUCGGCUACCAUCAUCUCCUAUUGUUCUAUCACCGGCAGAAUAUGCACCAUUUCAGCAAUUUAAGUUGGCUAAUAUGCAUUUAUCCACACACGGGAUGUCUACCGCUUGUGUUUCAAACACAACAGGCUCAUGGAUCAUUGACUCGGGUGCCUCAGACCAUAUUUCUGGUAAUCCCCAUCUUUUAUCCCAUCUAACCAAGCACUGACAUCUUCCUUUGAUUACUCUUGCUAAUGGCCUUCAAACUUCGGCUUCGGGUAUUGGGCAAGCACUUCCACUUUCAUCUUUACCAUUAGACUCAGUCUUAUAUGUCCCAAACACCCCUUUUAACCUUGUCUCUGUCAGUAAAAUUACAUGUGCUCUUAAUUGUUCCGUAACAUUUUCUGCUGAUUCUGUGAUUGUGCAGGAUCGUUGUACGGGGAAAACGAUUGGCAUCGGCCAUGAAUCUCAAGGUCUGUAUCAUCUCCAUCCUCUUGAUCCAACCGUUUGUGUUUCAGUUGAACCUGCUAUUACCUUACAUAACCGUCUGGGUGAUCCUAGUCUCUGAAAGUUUCAACGUAUGGUUCCAGGUUUCUCAAAUCUUUCAUCUUUAGAUUGUGAGUCAUGUCACCUUGGAAAACAACCUCGUAAAUCCUUUCCCAGACGAGUCAAUAAACGGGCUACAUCACCGUUUGAUUUAGUUCAUACAGAUGUAUGGGGUCCGUAUCGAGUCACUUCUACUUUAAAUUUCCGUUAUUUUGUUAUUUUUGUGAAUGAUUAUUCCCGUUACACAUGGUUGUUUUUAAUGAAAGAGCGUUUUGAAUUGUUUCAUAUUUUCCAAACUUUUUGUGCCGAAGUUCAAACUCAGUUUGGUCAUUCUAUCAAAAUUUUACGCAGUGACAAUGCUACAGAAUUUUUUGGGGCAUCCUUUAAUCAAUUCAUCCAUCACGAGGUAUGCUUAACCAAUCUUCUUGUAUUCACACGCCUCAACAAAAUGGGGUUGCUGAACGCAAGAACCGACACUUGGUUGAUAUUGCUCGUACCCUAUUAUUACAUUCCCAUACACCACCUCAGUAUUGGGCAGAUGUUGUGCUCACUGCAUGUCACUUAAUAAAUAGAAUGCCUUCCUCAAUUCUUAAUAAUGAAAUUCCCUAUUCUAUUUUGUUUCCCGAUCGUGAUUUAUUUCCAUUACCACCUCAUGUGUUUGGGUGUGUGUGUUUUGUCCAUGAUACGACCCUUGGAUUAGCUAAAAUGUCGGCUAGGUCAAUAAAGUGUAUCUUUCUUGGAUAUUCGCGUCUCCAAAAGGGUUAUCGUUGUUAUUCUCCAUUACUUAAGAAACAUUUUAUUUCAGCCGAUGUCACUUUCAUUGAGUCGUCCUUUUAUUAUCCAUUAUCUUCAGUUGAUACCCCGUCAUGUUUGGACCUCACCUCAUAUCUCCGACCCAUCCAUCUGGAGACUCCCAUUCAACCCCCGUCUGAUGGGCACCCAAAUUGCUCUCCUAUGGUAGACCGCCCAGUACAAGUAUACCAUCACGACCUCGACCUCCUCCCAUUGUGCCUACUGUGGCCACGCCGAUUGAUUCCCCUACGACGGAUCCCGUAUCUUCGCCAUCAGCUACCCCAACACCCGAAAAUACUCCGAAUAAUUUGCCCAUUGCCCUCCGAAAAGGUACGCGUUCUACUUUGAACCCACAUCCCAUAUAUAACUUUUUGAGUUAUCACCGCCUCUCUACACCUUACUAUGCUUUCAUUUCACACUUGUCUCAUGUAUGCAUUCCUAAAACCACACGUGAGGCCCUGGACAACCCGGAGUGGCGUAAAGCCAUGUUAGCUGAGAUGGAGGCACUUCAUUCUAGUGGCACAUGAGACCUAGUCCCACUGGCAAAUCAGUGGUUGGGUGUCGGUGGAUUUACAUGGUUAAAGUUGGGCCUGAUGGGAAGAUUGAUCGUUUUAAAGCACGCCUUGUGGCGAAAGGCAAUGAGUCACUGGCCAUUGUUCCAAUUGGAUAUUAAAAAUGCAUUCCUUCACGGAGAUCUGCACGAGGAGGUUUAUAUGGAGCAACCACCUGGAUUUGUUGCUCAGGGGGAGUCUGGUAUGGUGUGCAGAUUACGUCGUACAUUAUAUGGCUUGAAGCAAUCUCCACGUGCAUGGUUUGGGAGGUAACGAUGAUCAAGGAAUUGCGCUCCUCAAGUAACAUCUCUUUAUCAAAUUUCAAACAAAAGACUUGAGAUACUUCCUUGGCAUUGAGGUCGCACAAUCUCAAAAUGGAAUUGCUCUCUCACAAAGAAAGUAUGCCUUGGAUAUUCUUGAGGAAACAGGUUUGCUAGAUUGCAGGCCAGUGGAUACACCAAUGGAUCCGAACGUUAAACUCUUAUCAAAACAGGGAGAUCUUUUGCCCAACAAGGAAAAAUAUAGAAGACUCAUCGGCAAAUUAAAUUAUCUUACCAUCACGAGACCAGAUAUUUCAUUUGCGACUGGGCCGGAUGUCCGAUGGAUAGACGUUCCACUUCGGGAUAUUGUAUCUUGAUCGGUGGAAAUUUAAUUUCAUGGAAAAGUAAGAAACAAGAUGUGGUUGCCAGAUCUAAUGC